UUGUAACCCAUGUCAGUCUGUGUCCGAGCAUUAAACGUAGCACAUCAGUGUUCUAUAAAUCUGGAGUUUUCUUUAGAAACCUACGUCUAGAACACAGCAAUUGGCGACGAGAUCGAUAUCUACGUGUGCAGAGAACGUUUUUUUCAAUUAAUUGGUUGGAAAAAAUGACUACAUCAAGUGCAAAUGUAAUGUUCGGCGGCAGUCUCAAUUUUGACCAUCGGAUUCACGAAUGGAGUAUCUUCAGGAGCAGAUUGUUUCAAUUCUGCACUGUUAAUGAUAUUACGGAAACAACAGACAAGUCAGAAGUGAAACGCCGUGCCGUGUUAUUGUCGGCCUUAUCGGAAGAUACCUACCGCAUUCUUCGAGACUUAGUGGCGCCAAAGGAAGUUGACAGCGUAGAAUACAAGGUUUUGUUACAACAUCUGGAUACGCAUUUUACGCCAAAGAAGAGUACAUUUGCUGAACGCUACACUUUUUAUAAGGCUGAACAGCGACCGGGUGAAGAGUUGCCAGAUUGGGCCGCACGAGUGCGUAGCCUGGCCCAGUACUGUGGUUUUAAAACGGAGUUGGACAGUGUAUUACGCGACAGGUUUGUCUUAGGGUUGGAAAAUGUAAAAGAAAAAGAAAAGUUAUUUGCCGAGAGCGUUGACACUUUAACGUUUAGCAAGGCAUUAGAAUUAGCGCAAAGUGUGCGGUGCGCGCGAAUAGCGUUGCAAAAAACACAACCCGCGGUACCCGAAACUCCAGUGUUUGCCGUCAACACGUCGCGCGCGCAACGUAACCCUCGUAGUAACUUGGAAAGUUGUGAAGUUUGCGGCUAUAAAAAUCAUACAAAGGAUCAGUGUCGUUUUAUUAACUAUACAUGUCAAAAGUGUAAACAAAAAGGACAUUUAAAGCGAAUGUGUAAAACCAAAGUGCGAAGGAAUUAUUUUGUAGCAGAGGAGGAUGACGAUAUCAUUCAAGAUCUCACAAACUAAGAACUAUGGAGGGCGGCGCAAGGUGUGUUUUGUGGAAGGAGAUCAGGUGUUAGUUAAACAUAUAUUUAGUAACGGAAAUAAGCACGUAUGGAAAAAAGGUUGUAUACAAAAACUUAUAGGUAAUAAAAUGUACUUAGUUCGUAUAAUAGAUUUAAAUAUAUUAGUUAAGAAACAUGUAGAUCAGUUACUGUUGUAUAAAGGUAAUAAUAGCGUAGGUACUACUAGUGAUACCCAAGAUAUUUCAUCUGACCUGGAAAUAACAAUCAACGAGUCGUUAUCUCCAAGUCAUGAUGCAGUGUCACCUCCAGCGAUUGAAGGCCAGACCUCUGACUCAAGUUUAGUUGAAAGUGGAAAUAAUUUAGAUGAGCCUUGCCAGUCGCUGAUACCACGGGAAGGUGUACCCCCCGACUCCAUAGUCCCGCCUGCUGCCACAUCGGUGGCCCAGAAUGAUGUUUUUCUAGACGGUGAGGCGGAGGGUACCGAGACUCCCUUAGACCCUAUGACGCAUGCAGAUCGUCGUAAUAUCCGUGCCACUCGCAAUCCUAACCCAGUGUACAGAUAAAUACCUACUGCUGCCUAUGUUUGUUAGUGUGUAACCUUUCUAAUGUAUUAGUAUGCUUAGAUAGGUCAUAUUUUAAUUUUAAUUUUAAGCUUUCUUUACUAUUGGUGGAGGAAUUGUUAUGUUUUCAUAUAGAGGGUAGUUGUAACCCAUGUCAGUCUGUGUCCGAGCAUUAAACGUAGCACAUCAGUGUUCUAUAAAUCUGGAGUUUUCUUUAGAAACCUACGUCUA